GUCAACUUAACGACUUACUAUCUAGUCCUCUCUUCGUCAUUAUUCAAGCGGAGUUGCGCGUCGUCUUGCUACUUCGUUGUGAAAAUCCAGCUUAUUCGUUGUGAGGACGCGAAAAACCAAAAUUAGACAUUCUCAUUCGGAUUCGCUAGAAGCGGCAGUUAGUACCACGAAAGUUCUUUAGUUUUUUAGACUAUAAUUGAUGUUCCCACGACCACGAGUGUAUGUGUACUCUACUGUACAAUUGUACUACGAGGACACCGACUACCACUCGUCAUAAUUGUACUACUUCAUCGACCUACCACCCAAAAAAUAAGCAACAUCAACAUGGGCUAUGCCAAAAGGCCGCUGUCGGUGGCCGCAGCCGGUUGGAGUGAGGAUCGUGGUAUGCGGCAGGAGAUGGAAGAUGGGUUUGUUUUCGUCGAUGGUUUCCUAAACUCCUCAAAUUUCGCCUUUUUCGCGGUAUACGACGGUCAUGGCGGCAUGGACGCCAUGCAGUACUGUCAAGAUUUCGUUCACCAAAACUGCUACUUGGAAUUGUUACGGCUCUGGAAGCAAGCAUCUCAACAGAGACGUUUUCAAAUUUUUGAAUUUCUCUCAGGGAGAUGAACGUGCUGCUCGAGACGAUGAAUUGAUCAUUCGGGUCGUGAGGUCUAAAAUUGAGCAAGUUAUUGGAACGAGACAAGGCCGCGGCCAAGAAGGGACGUGGCGGAGAAGGGGAUACAGGUGAAGAUGACUCAACACUGGCUCUCUCAGCUUCCCCAGAAGAAGUGGCCAACGCACUGAUCUAUGCGUUUAAGACCACGGAUGUCAGCCUCAUCGAGAUCGGCGUUCAAGCUGGUGCAACCGCCUGUUGUUGCCUCGUCGCAAAGCAUCUAUUCUUAAGGCUACACGCGGGGGCUUGCGAAGCAUCCUUCCUGCUCUGAGACCAUGUUGAUCCUUGGCCUCCUCUUCAAGGGUUAAAGGGUCUCAACAAGGAUGGGCUCAGGGAUGCGACGCGGUAGCUCGAAUAGUCAAGGACACACCAGCAGACGAACAUCCGCGAACUGCGAAGUACCUCUACGCUGCGCAUCUCGGAGACGCACGAGCAGUGCUAUGCAGAAGAGGCCACGCUGCGCGACUGACGAGUAUGACAGAUCACAAGGCAAAUUGUCCGAAGGAGCGAGCCAGGGUCCAUCAGGAAGGCGGAACGAUUAUACACGACCGAGUAAACGGCAUGCUAGCGAUCGCGCGAGCGUUUGGGGAUUAUCAAUUGAAGUUACGGAACGGUUUUGUAGUUUUAAUCAGAGGAAGUUUCACAUACAAGGGAUUCUGUGAAUGGUUCCGGUAUUUGUUAGCCUGAAUUUGAUCACAAGGAUUCUCUUUCUGUUUUCCUUAUGAUCGAACUCAGGUUACCAAAUAGCAGAAGCAUGCAGCUUAGUAGAUGAUUUUGGUUUUUUUACAUAUUUAUUUAUAAGUACUAAUUGAUUUUGACAUGACUGACAAAUAAGAUCUUCUUACUUUUAAUAAGAAAAGGAACUCACUUGUUAUUCUUAUUAAGAAUCCUCCCCUUGUUUAUGUUGUUUCUAAGCCUGGUUCCGUUUCAACGACUUCCCCUUCUUGUUGAUGUUGUUUCUAUGGCUGGUGCCGUUUCAACGACUCUUAUUCUUAAUAAGAAUCCUCCCCUUGUUGAUGAAUCCUCCCCUUGUCGAUCUUGAUGUUGUUUCUAAUGCUGGUGCCGUUUCAACGACGCGAUAUUGUUUCCAAUUUGCCAGACGUGACCGGAACAGAGAUAUAUCCGGAGGAUGAUCUAUUUGUGAUUCUUUUAUGACUUGUGAAGAUCUACUUCAUGAUCUUCUGUGAAGAUUCUUUCAAGCACGACAUCGACAUGAACUUGAACAUGAACAACUAGAUGCAGUCUCUAUGUUUACAACUACUUAAACUUAGUAGAUGUAGAAGUCUCUUUGUUUUUAAAAAUCACAGUGCUGUAGUCCAUUCAUCUUCAUCAUUUUUAGGUGUCUUCAUCUUGAUCAGCUAAUACUAAGUAGAGACUUUUAGGGCAAGACUGCAUGGUUCAUCACGUAAUGUACUACUAGAAACCGCCCCUCCAUGAAUGUGCUCUAGCUCGUCAACUUCUCACGUUCAUACUGUGCAUGCGAUGGUUUAUGGGACGUUUGCAGUGAUCAAGAGGCCGUAACGUGGGUUCUUGAGGCCUUGACGGAGUUCCACUUUAUGGGCAUACCCUACGACCACCCAAGACGAGCCGAACUCUGCAGUCGUAUACUGGUAGAAGCAGCCCUUGGCCGAGGAAGCACAGACAACGUCACAGUGCAGAUUGUUUUCCUGUGAUCAUUUUGGAGUCAGUCUCAGUAACUAGUCUGAUUCGGACGCAUGUAGCGCAAAGUAUAUUUUCCUACACAUGAGUUGUAUUAAAGGUAAACACGACAGCCGGAAGCAAGAUUGAUAUUUUUUUUGUCUUUCUCAUCAUGAUCUUGAAAUUUGUUGGAAAGAUGUUGCAGAUGCGACGUCAAGGCUCCUAAGUCUUAAGAACUCAGAUGUUCUUGUGUUCGUUGCAGAGAUACGAGAUAAAGUUGCUGACUCUGCGACCGCCAGUUCUAUCUGUCGUCUGCUGAUCGAAUGUGAGCUUCUCCAGAUUUUUUUGCAGGUUCUUACUCGUAUUAGUCGUGUUACAGUUACUAGGACACAACUAAGAACACGUACUACACCUGCUGCAAUUUCGAGCGGAUUUCUUGAGAAGCUUUUUUUUCUGGCAGGAGCGGGACCUAUGAGGAAGAUAUCAAGAACCGA